AUGGAGCAUGAGGAUCGUAUGGGAACAUAUCAGCGCCCGUUGCCACAGCUCCCACUAGAAACGGACUCGUUGAGAUCCGGACCUAAUCAAAAAGAUGACACGCGGAACAAGGAGGCAUACAAAGAAGUGUAUAAACAGUUUCAUACGCAGAAAUUCAUACCUUUCUCGAAGCUCAGCAGCUCCAACACCGAAACUUUGCCACGAUGGAAGUCAGCUGAGUAUCUUAUACCACGUCGAUCCCUGCCGGACCCGCCUGUACAAUGCCUAUGGAGUCGAGACACUGCACCAGAGGAAAAGAUCACACCUCUGAGCUCAACUGGACAUCCGUAUGACGCCACCGUGUGCGAGUCGAGUCGAAAUUUGUGGGAACGCAGUAUUUCCAGCGAUUGCGCCCAAAAUCGUUCCAGCGCCAAGCAGCACGUAUCUCGUAGCCACUGGGAAGAUAUAGAUAAUGAUGUGAGAGCACUGCAACAAACCCAAGACGAACACGCAAGUCAGGGAUACAAAUCCGGACGGCUACCUUCCCACAAGUUGGCCUUGCCGUCUCUGAUCUCCCAGCAGCGCGAUAGCUCCCUCCAACCAGUACAUUCCCUCGCAAAUCCUGCGCCAUCGUUUCACUCGUCAAGCGACGUUCAGAAUGGUCCUAGACCGCCGCCUUGGGGCUCUUACGAAGAUCUCGAGAUCCAACGUCGACAACGCGGGGAUGAAAGGGAGCGCACCAACGUUCAAUUGAAUCGUUUGAUAGCGGACAGCGCGUCGAUGUAUCAGAAGUCAAUAUCUUCUGACAGCGUUGGUAAGGUUCCUUCAAGGGAGGUAGAACAGUACAGAGAACAGAUACUUGGCGUGUAUCCCGACAUGGAAUUCAACAGAGACGAUGGGUUAGGUGAUCCGAGGUGGUGUUACUGUGUUAUGAUGUGA